GUUACAUACGCGGGCCCUUUGCUAAUCCUAAUCCGUCCACAGCCGCGUCGGCUAAACGUCGGGGUCUUUCCUGCUGCCGUAUUUGAUCCGUUCAGGGACUUGCGUUUCCUCCCCGUUCGGGGGCCAAUCUAUCUCGGAAUCGUAACAGGGAGCCGCAUACUCGUUCUGAUCGUGAUUAAUGUUACUCGGUACACUACUUACAUAGAACACGACGAUAUUCGUCACAUUGGUUUCUCCCAGAGCCAUGGUCAAAGAUUCCUCACAAUACUCUCCCGUUCAUGAUUUUGACGACGAUGACCAUGAGGAAAAACCAUGUGGCGAUGCAGAAAGGUGCGGGGCAGAACCUCGUCCCAAGUCGCGUAUCCUUCGCCUGUGGCCUUGGUUGAGCCAUAGUACACUUAUUUGCACAUCGAUACUCUUUUUCACGCUAUGGAUGGGCACGCCUUCGGCUCGCCUGCACGACGAUAUUCCAAUAUACUCUCCGGCAAAUGUUGCUGUCGAGCCCAUAGUUGUAAGGUUUAACGGAACCCUUGACUUUCCUUCUAUCUAUCGUGGCCCUCCUUCCCCAGAAAUCGAUACUGCCUGGGCUAGAAUAUCUGAUGGUGUCCCAACGACUCGAAUGACGCUUGAGGAGAUGGUCAAAGCUGGUGAAGUGGUUCCACCCUCCAAAGUCAAAUAUCCGGACAAUUUUGGUGGAGGUUUAUUGGUCUCCUUGGAAUCCACCCACCAACUGCAUUGUCUGGCAAGCUAUACAAUUACGAGAAACUUGCUUCGCAAAGCCACUUGGUUUGAGUAUUACGGGCCAAUAGAACCUUCGUUCCAGAAUCCCCCCGAAAUACUCCGUAUGCAUCUUGAUCACUGCAUCGAAAUGAUGAGGCAGAAUAUCAUGUGCAAUGCCGACGUGACGAUGAUCACAUGGGACUGGGUGGAAGGACACAAGAGCCCCUACCCCAACUUCAACACCCGGCAUCAGUGCAGGAAUUUUGAAAAGAUCUUGGAUUGGGAUAACAAGCAUGCUGUUCAUAUCAGUAAAUCAGAGUUCUCUCGACUCGAAGACACGGUUGAUAUCGCCUCACCCUUUCCAAUCUGA